UUAUAUUACUGUAUUAUGCAGGAGCCUAUAUGGUUGCUCGGAACAUGCUUUCUGGCGUUAGGAGUGCCCACCUGGUUUCAGUCAAGAUGAGCCCCACUCCAGACAGUGGUCGUUGUUUCACGUUCUGGUACAACAUGUGGCACCCAAACGUUGGCUACUUGAACCUUCUACAGCGUGUGGGUAACGCAUCCACCAGCCUGCUGUGGACGCGCUCGGGACCUCAGGGAAAAGAGUGGAAGCGAGGUCAAGUGCAACUGCACUCAGAAGAUCCCCACCAGCUUGUCUUUGAAGCCAAGCUCAGGCCCAGAAUUCCCGGCAUGAUCGCCAUUGACAACUUCGUCCUCAACGACACCCGCUGCAGCAGCGACAAAGCAGAUGGAGCGUGCAACUUCGAGUCCGAUUCGUGUGGAUGGCUACUGAACAACUGGGAACGUACAAGUGGAAGCAGCAGUGUGUUGCCUGCAGUUGAUCAAUCCACUAUGUCGCCCUCAGGAAGCUACGCCCUGGCGAAGGCACCUGGUGGCCGCAUGGUGAGCCCCAAAACUGGUACGAUGCUACUCAGCAGAAGUGUCUCCGCUUCUGGUUCUUCAUCACUGGUAUCCAUUCGGAAACGCUGAAUGUCACCCGACUGCUCAAUGAAGGCCAAGAGGAGUCGCUCUGGCUUGGCACUUCAUUUAGUGCCAAAAGCCGAGCGUGGUAUCAAGCGUCUGUUAACCUGGUCCGUUUCCAACGAAACACCUACGAUUGUCUUCGAUGCAACGACCUCGGGUAACCAGGCAACAGCGGUAGCCGUAGACGACAUCACCCUGGGCAAUGUGCCUUGUCCUUCCCCCGGGAGCUGCUCCUUCGAAGAGGAUAUGUGUAACUGGUUUAACAACAAGG